AUGGUUUAUACUGGAACAAUGGAAGGUUCUUUAUUUGAACCAACACUUUAUAUUGUAAAAGGCAUGUGUAUAUUAGAUAGCGAUGGCAACAGAAUAUUGGCUAAAUAUUAUGACAAAAAUAUCAUGCCCAGUGCCAAAGAACAGAAGGCAUUUGAAAAGAAUCUUUUCAACAAAACACACAGAGCGAAUGCAGAAAUAAUAAUGCUGGAUGGCCUCACCUGUGUGUAUAAGAGUAAUGUGGACUUAUUCUUCUAUGUUAUGGGAAGUUCUCACGAGAAUGAGUUAAUUCUACAAUCAGUGCUAAACGCACUGUACGAAUCAGUAAGCAUUCUAUUAAGAAGAAAUGUGGAGAAAAGAGUCCUGAUGGAAAACUUGGAUUCUGUGAUGCUUGCCUUCGAUGAGAUAUGUGAUGGCGGUGUCAUUCUGGACUCCGACCCAACAUCCAUAGUGGGUCGUGCGGCGCUACGCACAGACGACGUGCCACUCGGCGAGCAAACCGUUGUGCAGGUGCUUCAAUCUGCAAAGGAACAGCUUAAAUGGUCACUACUGAAA